AUGGCAACUAUAAAUAAUAAUAGUAUAUCGUUAGAACCAAUAGCUUUAAUAGGUAUGUCAUGCGAGUUUGCAGGUGAUAUUCAUUCACCAAAUGAUUUAUGGGAUGCAUUAAAAGAAAGUCGUGAUGUUGGUAGUACAACACCAAUUGAUCGAUUUGAUCUUGAAUCAUUUGCUGCUCAUAUGCUUAAUAUGGAUAAUGAUGGACAACUUCGUCAAAAACUUCUUCGUGCUGAUGCUGAACCAGCCGGUAUUGAUCCAUGUCAUCGAUUAGUUAUAUUAAAAUUUGUUGAUUUACUUGAUGGUGAUGGAUACAGUGUUGAAAAAAUGUCAGAUGAUGGUCUUGAUCUUUUAUUAUUAAAACAAUUAAGUGAUGCUGAACGUGAUGGCGAUCCAAUUGAAGCUGAUUGUUUAGAUCGAUUUUUCAAUCGAUCAAAUCUUGAUCCACCAUUAUUAUUAGAUUUAAUUAAAAGUAAUUUAGGACAUACAGAAGGUGCAGCUGAUGUUGCAUCACUUAUUAAAGUUGCUAUGUGUAUGCAUCAUGGUGGUAUUACAGCAAAUAUGCAAUUUACUUCACUUAAUCCAAAAAUAGAUGCACAAAAAUAUAAUCUACAUGUUGUUCAAAAUUUUAUACCAUUUCCAUCCGUUUCAAAUAAUGAAAAAAUA